UUCAGUUUUGACAUCACUAAUCAAACAGGUUGUAAACAAAUAUCUGAGAAAUAGCGACAGUUUAGAAAAAAGUACUAUUUCUGCAUGCUCGUGAUAAAAUGCGUUUCCACAUGAAGAGCGGCAGCGAGGAAAACGACAUAGUGGCAGCCACAGCCACCGCAGAGCACAUCCGCAAGUUCGUCUUCAGUGGAUCCCCCGCGGAGCGUUUGGAGAUCAAGAUACCUGAGCUGCUCCAGGGAGCGUACUCCUUCUACACUUGGCCUUGCGCCCCAGUGCUCGCCCAUUUUCUGUGGGAGAGAAGACAAUCGCUGGCCGGGAAGCGCGUCCUGGAGCUUGGAAGCGGUACCGCCCUGCCCGGCAUUUUGGCCGCCAAAUGUCGCGCCCAGGUGGUCCUGACCGACAACUGCAUCCUGCCCAAGUCGCUUGCUCACAUUCGCAAAUCUUGCCUGGCUAACCAGCUGCAGCCGGGCGUUGACAUCGAUGUGGUGGGCCUGAGUUGGGGUCUGCUGCUGAACAGCGUUUUCCGGCUCCCGCCCCUGGACCUCAUCAUUGCCGCCGACUGUUUCUACGAUCCCAGUGUGUUCGAGGACAUUGUGGUCACUGUAGCCUUUCUGCUUGAACGGAAUGCCGGGGCCAAAUUUAUAUUUAGUUAUCAGGAAAGGAGCGCCGACUGGUCGAUCGAGGCGCUGCUCAAGAAGUGGAAACUGCAGGCACUGCCCAUCAGCAUGGAUGAUAUCGGCAAGGAGUCGGGCGUGGAUCUUCUGGAGUUUAUGGGCGGGCACACAAUUCACCUUCUUGAAAUUACGCGCGUCGACGGCAGCCACACAAUAAAUGCUAUAUAACAAUAAUA